AUGCAAAGAUUGCUUUCAUCGGGUUCUUCUUUGAGAAAGACACAUACAAUUUCAUCAUCGCCAUCAUCAACAUUAUUAAUUCUUGCUCGGAAUGGUGUUACUAGAAGUUUUCAUAUUAGUACUCAAUUAAAUAGCAAAGUGCCAAUUAUUCAACAUCAACAACAAACCAAAGCUGAUGAUAGUACUGUAGAUGUAAAAUCACUUAUAACACCUCCUAAAAAUCAAGAGCCAGUGCCUAAUAAUUAUAUUCUUCUUUAUCGUAAUCCAAAGGCUAGGUUUUUCAAGUUUGCCUUUAUUGCUUCAAUGAUUAAUGCUGUAACGCUUUCAUUAUUGGCCUAUUUUACAAUGACUAUGGUAAAACUUGAUGAACAUGGCAACAAAGAGGAAGCAUCAUUGACAACUAAAAUAUUGAUUGGACUUGGAUAUGGAUUGGCAGCUGUUGGUGUUAUUGCUGGUAUUGCUUAUUAUGCAAGACAUAAUAUUUUGGAAUUUGGACUUAUUGAUGAGAAAACUCUCAGAAUUGUUACAGCUAAAUUUGGAUGGGGAAAUUAUAAGGAUACUAUAGUCCCAGUAGAUCACAUUAAUAUUCCACAAAACUCCAUGGAAAAUUUGAAAUAUAAUCUCUUUUUGACUGAGGAUGUUGCUAGCAAAGUAUCAGAAAACUCAAUGAAACAUUUGAAGAGAAAGGGUGACUAUAUCUUUGUUGGAAUCAAAGGAAAGAAAUGGAAUCACUUGAUGGAUAUUACAGCAGAAGCUGCUUAUGUGGAUAAACAUAAUUUCAUGCGCUUCUUGGAACAUAAUCCUAGAAUAGUUGCUAGCUCAAUACCUAGAGCAGGCAAAGGUUUCAAUCCAUACAAGAAUUAA